UUGUUGUUGUUGUUGUUGUUGUUGUUGUUGUUAUUGUAAUAAUCGUCUUGGUACUGGUCGUUGUUGUCGUAGUACCCGCCGUCUUGGUGGUAAGGAUUCUGGGCGUCGGCAUUGUAGUAGCCGGAUUGAUCGUAGUAGCCUUCAUUGUGGCCUUGCUGGUUGUUGGCAUUGCCGGCGUGGUUGGCGGUGUUGUCGUAGCCAUCAUGGUCGUAGUACUGGCCAUUGUGGUCGUUCUCAUAGUAGGAGUCCGUGUUCUGGGCUCCCUGAGGAUGACCGUAGCCAUCGUCGUAGUGGUCGUUAUGACCACCACCUGGGUAAGCCGACAUCUUGAGGGAAGAUGGGACUUAAAGUGUCAGUAUUCGGCGUAGACCUAGUGAUUGAGCAAGUCAGUGUUCGUCCAUGCUUGCAAAGGAAAUGAGAUGGCGGGAAAGGGUUUUGGGUGGCGCCAAUAAUUAAACUGCAUGACACAGAAAGAAGGUAGGGGCGGAUCUGCAAGGGUGGUCUUGAUUUUGACUUGAAUCUUGACGUCGGAGCGGUUGCAUUUUUUGGGUGUUGAUGCAGACGCUCGUGCAAGGUGCAAGAUGCAAGAUGCAGGUUGUUGUUAAAACCAAGUAGCAAGCAGUAGACGCAUGGCGGGCAGGCAGGACAGACGGGAAGGAAUUCAGAUCGGGAUCAAGGUGCUGUUGGGGGUGCAACUUACAGGCUC